AAAACUUGGCCCACAUUAUGUCUCUCUCUCUUCCUUUGCCAUCGACCUUUCCUCUCUUUAUUUCCAAUUGCCACACAGACUUGGUCUCGCAGCAGUAAAGCUAGCUUGUUGAGUUUGUGUGAAUGUAAUGGAGGACUCAGCUCCAGCAAUAGUUGCAGUACAUGAGGGAGAUCAAGCAAAGAGAGUACUAGAAGGAGAAGCUAAUGCAAAAGCAACAGGGCCUCAUCAUCCCACCAAUUUCUUUGGGAAGCAUAGGAUGUCAGCUGCAAUAGCCAAUCUCCAAAGCCAAAUCAACGCAAUCCAGGAAGAGCUAGACCAAGUUGAAGCAUUAGGCAAAUCCUCAGCAGUAUGCCAAGAACUCAUUUCAAGCGUUGAAUUCAUCCCUGAUCCACUGCUUCCAUCGACAAUGGGUCCGGCAGAUGUGAGCUGGGAUCGUUGGUUCAGAGGAGCCCACGACUCCAAAAAUCAGAAACGAUGGAUCUGAGUCUGACUCACAAUAAUGCCAGCACUCUUACUUUCCCGCAAAGAAUAUGCAAAAACUGUAUCAAAAAGAGCUACUAGAGGACCAACUUUGUCGGGUGCUUUUUUUUUUUUUUUUUUUUUUUUUUUUUAUGUAAUUAAUUUAAAAUUAUUAUAUGGGUUGGGAGUGGUGGAUAAGAUGCUGGGUACGUUUUCUCUAGCCAUGUUUAUUGGAAAAGCUUAUCAGAACCAUUCCCUCAACUAUUAUGCAAUUUCUGGUCAUUUGGUUUCCAA